CCCAAAAACGAUCAGAACUUCAAACGAAUCAAACUUGAGUUCGUCAAUUGAUGUCCGUGGUUCCGCCGAACUUUCUAGACCUUCUUUAUUUGUCCGUAAAGCUUUGCACGUUCAUUGGUGUCCAAUUAACCGAGAAACCGAAACCGCUCACCAUUUGUUUGACAGAAUGCUUCUAUCAACCGAAGCCGCCGAAGUUUCUACGGGAAGUGGAGAAGUUUUAGCAAGACUAGUGGUUUUGGGGACACGCAAGCAAAUGUUUUGUAACGGAAAUCCUGAAAAGCUUUUGAAGGACAAUCCCUAUCAAAAUCAAGAACUCCCUCAGUUGUAUGAAUCAGAUCCUAAUAAGAAGGCCAUAGGUUUUUGCACAGAAGACCUAGUCUAUAUGGAGAAGAUUAAGGAGUUGCAGGAUUACCUUGAAAAGGUAAAGAACAUGGUGAAGCCAGGUUGCUCACAAGAAGUGCUGAAGGUUGCCUUGAGUUCUAUGUCCUCACUCGUCAACUUCCUCUCCUCCAUGUCCACCAGACCAAAGCUUCAUGCUUCACUCUAAAGGUUGUUAGGUAGUUAGUUUGUAAUGUUUCUGGUCUUUGACUACUCACCUGUUAUAUAAUGGCACCUGCAGAGACACCCCACAGGUACAUACAUGUGCGUGUAUUUAUUCAACAAAGUACCAUGUUAGCUCAAAUUCCAUUUCAAAUGAGGUGUUUCACGUAAAAUAUUUAAUUGAAACAGGUGGUGAAUAAUGGAGACAAAGUUCGAAUUCAUGACAUUUGCUC